AGAAGACCGUGAUCAAGCACAUGUCGACGGUCGUCGUCGUGGUUCACGCCGGGCGCCACCUGCCGAGCGACUGCCGCCUGCGCCUCGCGCUCCUUGCUAACGCUGCACCCGGAGCGGAUGUGCCACCGCCGCCGCCUGCGCCAACAGACGCGCUGUGGGUCCCGACGCAGCCGCUUCGCUUAGAGCUCGCAUGGCCACACGACGAUGCGGCGCCGGUCGUCUCGAUCGAGGUGUGGGACUGCGCCAAAGCCUACGACACGUUUGUCGCUGCCGUCCAGCGUUCGGCGUCGGCGUCGGCAGACCCGGAAUGGUGGACGUUUCCAGCGUCCAACAUGGCACUGCACAUCUCAGUCGCGUGCAAGACAACAGCAGCGCCACCACGCACGAUGGACUUUCGCUUUGAAGCGCCGAGCCAUCGCAUCGACUGGCGUGCACUGCAGCAUCUUCAUCUCGGCGCGAUCGUCCAUCAUGUGGACACGACCGCGCUCGAGGCCUGCCUCGCCACUGUCUUGUACGGCGACUGCAACGAAGACGGCGAGCUGUACCCGGCGAUGCUUCUGCUGCAGCUCGCUGCCCAGUAUGCCAACUACUGUUGCGAAACGAUCGCAGUCCAGACAGCCUUCAAACUGCACUGGACGCGGCCAUUGCCCGGCGACGACGCCUGCAGCAGAAGCGGUCGCAUGCGACCGCCACCAUCGAGCAGCUGCGUCGGACGCAAGCCUCAUUAGACGACGUCCUCGCGACCUUUGAGCGGGUUUCGUCAUCGACGCCACCGUGAGAGCCUGCCUGUCUAUUUUGAGCAGGAUAACCUUAAUAC